UAGGAGAAUGUUCUGAUUGGUAAUUGGGUCACCAAAUCUCUGUACUCUGUACUCUCAGUCUGAUCUAAACAGAACAAACCCUUCUCACUUCUGACACAUUUCUUCCUUCAAUUCCCUUUUGUCUUCUUCCUCUUCCAUCUUUAUUUUCCCUUUCUCUCACUUUUUUUCUUUUUUUUUUAUUCUCCUCUAUCUCAAUUUUUCUCUUUUUGUCUACACACAACACUUUUUUGCCUUUACAGCAGAAAAAGCCACCUACAUCUCAUCAAAUACGUUCACCUAACGAGAUUUCCUUCAUUUUCUGCGUCUUGGGUUUCAAGCUACGUCUCUCUUUUACAAUCAAAAUUGUAUCUUUUUUGUCAUCUCUCUGUAAGUAAUUUAUCCUAACUUUUGUUUUUGUUCAUGGAUCGUUUCUGUUGAUGGUUGAAUAUUCCACCUACUCAGAUUGUUGGAUUUUGAUUAACUUUAUACCCCUUUGUAUAUGGAGUUUCUGUUUAAUUGCAAGCUUAUGAAGUUAAUGGGUGGUGGCAAUCUAAAUUCCCUAGUUUGCAAGAUUGUGUUUUUGUUUAUUGCUGUUUUGAUCCUAAGGUCUCUAUUGUUUCCUUCCAACAACCUUGUUGUCUAUAUGUCCAAUAAGAAUGUUGGUUUUGUUGUUGAACAACAAAAGUUUUUGGAGGUUCCACAGAUUGUGUGGGGAUUAAACAACCAAAAGAUUGCAUUUGCAAGGGCUUGUCUCACAGCUAGAAUGUUGAACAGAACUCUAUUGAUGCCUAGUCUUAGUGCUUCCUUGUUCUACAAGGAAGUUGAUCUUUUGAAACCGAUUUCAUUCGACAAGGUGUUUCAAUUUGACAAGUUUAAUGAACUAUGCAGCGGUUUUGUCCAAUUGGGCCGUUACUCGGAUCUCACGAACGCAACGGAAGUGAUCGAAAUCCAGAAAGGAGGUGGUAGGAAGUGGACUGUAGAGAGGGAUUUGGAUCACUUGAGAGAGCUUAAAAAUGGUUCAUUCGAUGAGUAUGAGGUGGUUAAGAUUGUUGGGAAAAACCCUUUUUUGUGGCAUGAUCAUUGGCCUGUUAAGGAUUACGCUAACGUUUUCGAGUGCUUAGUUUUGGUUGAUGAGAUUUCUCAAGAAGCUGAUAGAGUUGUGUCUAUGAUCAGAGAAGUUGGAAAGAAUAAUCGAUAUGUCGCGGUUCACAUGAGGGUUGAAAUUGAUUGGAUGAUUCAUUGCAAGAAAUUGGAGCAAAGAUUAAACACGAAUCAAAUAUGUAGUAGCAAGAAUGAGAUAAUCGAACGAGUCGGGAACAUCGAAGGUCUUAAUAAGAGUCCUCCAAUUGUUCUUUAUCUUGCAGUGGCCGAUAAACUUCUUCAAAAUUCUUCAAUACUUGAAGGUUGGAAAGAUGGUUUUUUACCUUAUGAGAAGAAGAAACUCGGUGUUGAUAAAAUUUAUGGGAAAUAUUCUUAUUUAGUUCAGUCUGCAAUUGAUUAUGAAAUGUGUUUGAGAGCUGAUGUGUUUGUAGGGAACAGUUUUUCUACCUUUUCAAGCCUUAUUGUUCUUGAAAGAACACAAAAGAUGAUCAAAUUGGGUGUGAGUUCCAUGUGUGGAAGUGAUGUAAAAUGGCCUUCUUUUGCCUAUAAUAUACAAGGAGAGUUGAAUGGUCCUAUGAGAUGGGUUACAAAUAUGUCUGAUUCAAGUCUUCAAGCUAUCAGCUAUGGCACUAAUCACAUUUCUUGUUAACAUUAUUUAGCACCGAUAUUUCACAUCGAAGCAUAUCUUGAUCUGGAAAUCCAGUUUGAUCAUCCACUAUGUCUAUGAUGAAUAUAAAAUUAUAACUAAGGCUUUGAUAAAUGUAGUGAAUGUCUUAAAAUUUGAGUUUUUGAGCAUUUGUAAAAAUAUUUUUGACUUUCUUG